AUGUACAUCAUCGACUAUAAGUGGAUGGUGCUGCCGGCCGUGGGGACCCGCGGCUACAACUCGCGCUCCUCGUGGCACUAUGUGCUCUACCCCUCCGCGCUGCUGGCGUGCACGCUGCUCGCGGGGCUCGCGCCCUCCGGCGUGUGCUCCGGCGCCUACAAGGCCCAGGUCAUGCGCGGCGUCUGGCGCACCUGCAUGGCCCCCCUGUUCGCGGUGACCUUCGGCGACAACCUAAUCGGCGACGUCAUGACGAGCCUCGCCAAGCCGCUGCAGGACAUACCCAGUUCCGUCUGCUACCUGGGCUCGCACCAUCCCCAGACCGAGGCCUCGGUGAAGCGCUUCCACGACCACGACAAUAAUUGCCCGGCCGAGGAGAUGGCCAUGCCCAGAGCGCGGCCCUUCGAGUGGGACCUCUCGCGCCAGCUGCCGCAGAAACUCCCCAGACGGGGACCGCAUGGACAGGAUCCUGAGCGGGGCGGGGCCCCGCGGGUCGCGCUGCCGCUGAUCGCCGCCCUGCCGUACGUGUUCCGCACGCUCCAGUGUUGGCGGCGCUUCCUCGACACGAGGGAGAGCAAGCACCUGUGCAACCUGGGAAAGUACCUCGCCUCGCUGCUGGUGGUGGUCGCCACCGCUUUCUGGGGCAGCAAGGCGGAGCGCGUCAUCGUGAUCUCGAUAUUCGCCACGGCCUAUGCCGCGAUCUGGGACGUGCGGAUGGACUGGGGCCUGGGCUUGGAGGAGUUCGGCCUCAAGCCAUCCAGAGCAGGUGACGCCUGCGCGCCCGGGCAGGAGCCCCGGGAGGGCCGCCACUUCCAGCCCCGGACGUACUGGAUCUGCACCAUCGCGGACGUCCUCAUGCGCUUGUCGUGGGUGUUGACGUUGAUGCCGUUGUCAAUCAUCAGCUCGGACAUCGUGCAGCGCGAGGUGCUCCGCACGUGCGUCUCGGCGGUGGAGAUCGUCCGCCGCAGCAUGUGGGCCGUGCUCCGCAUCGAGCACGAGCAGGUGGCGAACGCCAGCGGCUACCGCGCACUUCUGUGGGUGCCCCGCCUGAUCGACACGGGCGACGGGGGCGACCGCCGAUCCCUGGAGCUCCGGGGGGACCCGCCGCGCAGCGUGCGCGGCUCCGAGGACGACACGGCCAGAAGCCGCGAGGGGAGCGACCUCGUCAUGGUGCCCAGCGCCUCCGCGCCCCGGGCCGUGGCCGACGCGCCGCUCCUGAGCGCCCCGGCGUAG